GAUUAUUAUGAUUUGCAAAUGUUCAUCUUUACCAGUUCAGAGUGUUUGCAGAUGGUGUGGAGGUGGCUGCUGGAGACACUGAAUUUAUUCAAAUUUUCUGAUCUAAAAUUUUACUUUAUAAAUUUGGUGUCUAUUUGGUAUCCAGAGCAUUGAGAAUGAAAGAGUCAUAGGAACAGGAUCCAGUAAAGAAAAUGCAUAAAGUAUCACUGGAAAAGACAAGAGCUAGCCCUGUGGGUUUAAGCCGAGAGAGAACUUUUAUUUCCUUUAGAAGAAGAUGUGCUUCCUGAAACAGCCUUUCUUACUGGUUUUUGGAAAGUUUUACACAUGUUCUCUGCUUCUUGAGGGGCAGGCAAAGAUCCAUCGGAUUCUUCGGUGAAAAGAGCGAAAGCAUAGAUCAUUAAUAUUAAGAAGACUGCGAAGCCUGUGUGAGAGAUUGAGACUGCUAAGGCAAGUGAGCUGCGAAGCCCCUGGCAAACACAGCGGUACCUGGUUCAUGAACUUAAUUCUUCCCACAGUGUUGGUCAUGGACCGAAUCAGAUUUCCCCAUCAGGUUCUAUGUCACUUCUUGCUGAGAGGAACAGGUUCUCGGCUCUUACAGCCACUUGUAAAAAAGAGCAGUAGCCCAGAUCCACACGCCCUGAUCCCCGCUCUUCUGUGUGAACAGAGUCUGCUCCUAACAAGGUCCAUGCUGACAGGCAAAGCCAAGACAUUUCCUGCUCUACACAUACUCCUAAAAUCUAUGAAUUUCACAGUAGAUAUCUCCAAAUUCUAACUUCUCCAAAGAGGGAUGAGUGUGUAUGUCCAUCAGAACAAAGACUUCGUGCUUGGAGAAGUAUAUCUGAAUUUUGGCAAAACCUGGAAACCUAGAAAUAACCCAAAUGUCCAAAAGACGCUUGUUCUAUAACCCAGAUGUCCAGUAUUUAUCCAGUUCUAGAAUGAAUGGACAAUGAAAUGGUAGCACAGCAGGGUACCCUGUGCCAGAGGAAAGGGCACAUCACAGCUGCCUGUCUUAGAAGCUGCACAAACUUCAAGCACAGACGAGCUCAUGGUACAAAGUUUAUGUGCUUUAUUACAUGCGCAUCUCUAAAAGGAAAAUAAAUGAAACAUCACUAAUUCACUGGAGUUCUGAGUGUCAGUUAAAACCAACACCCACAUGCACACAGGGAUUUUACCUCUGUGUGGAAGGACUGAUGUAUGGGAUAGAGAUUAUGUAUCAACCGUAGGCUGUGAAGUUGAUGCCCACUGAGACUUACCUGUCACUUUUGCCUCACACUCUGUCUCUGAGUGCUUCUUCCUCUUUUGGCUGAUUGACAAUGCUGAGUGAAAACCAGACUGUUGCUUGGAGAGAUAAACGCCAGCUAUAGAGAGGGCUUCCCUUCUCCAUGUCCUUAUAGGUGCUUCCUUAACUUCAAAGAUUUUCCUUCCCCCCGAGCAGCAGAGGAUGGAGUCUGGGGGGCUUCCCGACACUACCUGAGACUCUUGGAGGUCGAGUACAAGGGCAUGAGGACCUCCUGUGCAUGCAGAGCUCAGAUGCAUUCUCAAAGCAAGAGGAUAGGAUGGAUUAAGAAAGAAUGGAGAGAAGAGAAAGAGUUCUCAGAGAGGGGAAGGACAGAUCUCUGGAUUGAGGGUUGGCUGUGCUAACAGAUUCCUGAUUAUCUUCCUGGUCACCUUUGGCAGUGACAGUCUUUGUGGGAGCCCUUGUGCAGCUCCUUCAUCUGACCUGGAACCGGGCAGCUGGUGUGGCUUGGCCCAGGGUAGGUGGGUGAGGCAGCUGGGGAUACAAAAAGGAACCCUCCCAACCCCUUCUCUUUUAUAGUGUCUUGGUCACUAUUUUCUCCAAAAUAGCAGAUGCCCAGUAUUAGGGAAUGGAAGGUUUAUUUCUUACAAUUUUGAAGGUUUCAGUCCACACUCAGUUGACUCCAAAGCAGGGUGGCAUGGCAGAGCCGCCAUUGUUGGGAACUUGCUGUGGCCUCCAUCACCAUUCUGGAGCAUGGUUCUCUGUGGCUUUCUCCUCUGACAAAGUCUUUCACUUUUGCAGUUUUGAGGCUGCAAAGAGUAGAGAUCCGCUGCUUCCUGGGAUGCCCCCAGGCCAUCUUUUUAUUUCUCUGUUCCUUCUCAGCAAUCAGAGUCUCAGCUCUAUCUGUAUAGUCCGUAGAUUUCUUGUCAAACCCACAACAUUUUGAAUCACCCUGCUGGGCUCUUUGAUCUUGAUUUGCAACAUAAAUUGGACUAAAAUCCCCCAACAAUAACCAUGUCCCACUUUGGAAUUCCACUGCCUUGAAAUUUCUUCUGCCAGAUUAGUUAGUCCAUUGCCCUUAAUCUCAGUAUCAGGCACAGUUUCUGGACAUGAGCAAAAUGCAGGCAAACUUUUGCCAAGCCAUAACGCACAUCCUGUGGAGUCCAACAAGCAGUGCAGUCCUUCUUUCCAGAAGAAACCUCCUGAUCCUGGUCUCUCCCAGCAGGCUUUCUAUCAGUCUUCUGGUCUCCUGAACUCUGACCAGUGCUGUGCAUGCAGAGCUCAGAUGCAUUCUCAAAGCAAGAGGAUAGGAUGGAUUGAGAAAGAAUGGAGAGAAGAGAAAGAGAUCUCAGAGAGCCUCUGACCAGCCUCCCCUACAGAACAGCUUAAGCUGUUCAAGGGAUGCUCUUCAAGGGGAAGAUUGUAUUUCCCGGCCCCGCAUUAGCGUGGUAGAAGGGGAACCUUUUUACCUCAAAUGCUGCUCAUCUUCAUCAGCUCCAGAGAAUGAAGCAGCCACCCUGAAAUGGUACAGAAGCACCCCACCCCACCAGCGGACUGAGCUACACCCGGGCCCCACAGCCCGGAUCACACUGCAUAAGGAUAUGUUGGAGUUUUGGCCAGUGAAGUUAGAGGACCAGGGAUCCUACUUUUGCCAGCUGGGAAAUGAUACUCAGGAGUGGAUGCUGAAUGUUAUCAGAAGAAAUAAUCAGAGCUGUUUUACUGAAAAACAAGUAAAAAGUCAAACCGUGAGAGUUAGAAAGUCUUUGCAGAUAUCUUGCAGUAAUAGUUACUACAGAGAUCAAAUCCACAGAACUUCGCUGUACAAGAACUGUAAAAAGAUAGCCGAGAGCCAUCUGUUCUAUCUAGCGCCCCUGCUGAAGAAUGCAGAGUUUGAGGACCAGGGCUAUUACUCCUGCGUGUUUUCUCUUCGUCACGAUGGGAAACUGUACAGCAUCACCAAGACCCUCAAUGUCACAGUAGUCAAAGAUCCCAGUGAGGUAAUUCCAGUUAUUCUUGGACCAAAGCUGACCCAAGUUGAAGUGGAACUAGGAGAAGAUGUGGAGCUCAACUGUUCUGCUUUGCUGAAUGAGAAGGACUACUUUUACUGGAUCUUCCAGAAAGAAAAUGCAUCAGCUCCCAAUGUGCAUGAAGACCACAGAAGGAGCUCUUGGACUUUAGAAGGCAAACUGUAUGCUUCGAGAAUCCUGAGAAUUAAGAAAAUUAGUGAAGACAAUCUGAAUGUUUUAUACAAUUGUACCGUGAGCAGUACCAGGGGCACGGAUAGCAAAAGCUUCAUCUUGUUGAGGAAAGGUGCGGCUGACAUCCCAGGCCACGUGUUCACUGGAGGGAUGAUUGCGGCCACUGUGGUCUCUGUGGCGGUCCUGUGCCUGGCGGUCAUGUGUGUCAUCUACAGAGUAGACCUGGUUCUGUGUUACAGACGCUGGACGGGAAGAGAUGAAACGCUAACAGAUGGCAAGACAUACGAUGCGUUUGUGUCCUACCUGAGGGACUGUCAGCCCGAGGACGGGGAGGAGUACACUUUCGCUGUGGAGACUUUGCCCACGGCGCUGGAGAAACACUUUGGGUACAAGUUAUGCAUAUUCGAGAGGGAUGUGGAGCCCGGAGGAGGUUGUUUCAUACAAAAACUCCUCUGGACGUACUGCCCAGGCAAGGAGGAGGAGUUUGUCUUGUUUUGUGACACCCCAGAGCCGCAGCGAUCACGUCUCUUCCCUGGAAAUCAGCACAAUCGGACCCAGGGGCCCAGAGCCCUGCCCUGCGCUGGUGGCAAGGACCUGGUUGACGUCCGGUGGUACCGACAGCACAGGGACGGGGGUCCAGUUGAGGCAAUUGCUGGUGGCCACUCUCAUGUCACUCAGCGCGAGAGCACACUUCACUUCAGCAGCCCAGAGGCGGCCCAGGCUGGGACAUAUAUUUGCAGAGCCAGGAUUAGGAGUGCCCCGGAUGUGCAGGUGACUUGCUGCCUCAAAACCCUGCUAGAGGUGGCGCCUCAGACCACGGCCCCUUGUGCUGCCUCUGCACCCCAUAAGCAGUACCUGCUUCUGGGGACCGUUGGCUCCAUUCGUUGUCCCCGUCUCAGCUGCCGAGGAAACACACACAGGCCAGAGGUGACCUGGUACCAGAAUGGAAGAGUCCUCCCUGGGGAAAAGAGCGAUUCCAUUCUGCUGGAGGACAUUUAUGACUACCACCAGGGCACUUAUGUGUGCGACUACACUGUGUCACCAAACGUGACUUCCUGGACAGCCAGAGCUGUGGUGCAAGUGAGAACCAUCGUGGCUGACACCAAGUUCAAACCAGACAUUGUGUAUCCUGCCAAGGACACCCUGGAAGUAGAGCUUGGAAAACCUUUAACUCUGCCCUGCACGGUUCGGUUUGGCUUCCAGCGUGACCUUCACCCUGUGAUCAGGUGGUACAUCAAAUCCGCUGGCCAGCAGUGGGAAUUCCCAACAUUUCAGGAGAAAAGUGUUAAGUCCACCAUGGAGGAGGAAGUCAUGGAGCGUGUCAUCUUCUUGAAGGAAGUCACACAGAGCGACCUGGGGCGAGAGUUCCUGUGCUUUGCCCAGAACUCCAUUGGGAAUGUGACCAGGUCCCUCCGACUGCAGGAGAAGAGAGGAGUGCUGCUCUUCUAUGUCCUGCUUGGCACGGUGUCAAUCCUGGUUGGCGUGUUGGCGGCAGGCGUCCUCGUCUACACCUACUGGAUCGAAAUUCUGCUGUUGUACCAGACUUGCCAGAGGAAGGGGGAAACUCUCGGGGAUAAGAAGGAGUUCGAUGCUUUCGUGUCCUAUGCGAAAUGGGGCUCCAUGGGCAGUGAGGACGAGGCCCCUCUCAGUGAGGAGCAGCUGGCCCUGAUCCUGUUUCCCGAGGUCCUGGAAAACAAAUACGGGUUCACCUUGUGUUUGCUGGAAAGGGACGUGGCCCCUGGAGGAGUGUAUUCAGAAGACAUCGUGAACGUCAUUAAGAAGAGCAGAAGAGGAAUCUUUAUCUUGAGCCCCAACUACCUCAAUGGACCCCAACUCUUUGAACUUCAAGCUGCUGUGAAUUUGGCCUUGAAUGACCAAAUGCUGAAACUCAUUUUAAUUAAGUUCUGUUCCUUCCAAGAACCAGAAUCUCUCCCUCUUCUGGUGAAAAAGGCGCUCAGAGUUCUGCCAACCAUCACUUGGAGAGGCUUAAAAUCAGUUGCCCCCAAUUCAAGGUUCUGGACCCAGGUGCGCUGCCACAUGCCCGUGAAGAGCUAGCGGCGGAGUGCGAGGGGCCAGCUCGGAACCAGCCCAUGGGCUGUGCUGCUGGAAAUAGCCCGCAGGUCAGGGAUUGCCGGGGCACGCUCCCAGCCUAGGGGCCAGGGCAGCUUCUCACCAGCAGGAGGAGGAGAGACUGAUGGGCAUGGAGUGAGCUCAGGGCAGGCAGCAUCUUCCUCCUGCCGUCCAUCCGGAGAGGCCAGUUAGGGCCCCUGACUUCCUGGACUGGGAGGAGAACACGACUGGACCCACAGGGACUCCUGCUUCUGUGUCAGCCUCCUGCCUCUGUCGCAGACAGAGCUGUGCCCAUGGGCAGUCAGAUAAACAUCACCACAUCAGACACAUUUUUAAAACUCCCAAGUGCAUGCUGCAGUGUGUGACGUUUGCAGCCCUCGUGUGGAGCCAGUGCGGGUGCAGAGUGCGUCUCUCUUCCUUUCCCAUCCCCUCCCCUCCCUCAGUCUUGAUCCCAUGCCCAUUUCAGCACGCUGUGUUCCUCUUUCCUACUUUCUAUGUUUUACAGUUCUCUUUAUUUAUGGUUUGGGUUUCCACAUAAAAGAAGCCAUGUGAUGUUAAA